AUGUCUCGGAAGAGGAGAUUCGACCCAGAAGACAUGGCAUCUGGCGAGCUAUCACCAUUUGCCACACGAAGAAGUCAAGAAUUAGUUCGACCAAGGUUUUGGAAGCUCUACACUCAAGUCGGGAAAAGCAAACGUCGAGAUCCGCGUGCAAAAGAAACCGCACAGGGGUUGAAAGGAGCAUGCGAUGCUCUGAUCUACCUUGAGGGCGAACUGUCUUUCAACCAACAACGCCAUGUGCUCCCAUACAUAUUCUGGCCGCCAUUGCCGAGAUGGUGCCUCGUUCCUUUCGACAUCUCAUCAAAGACAAUCCGCACGGACGAGGGCGAACUCAGUCCACUUCACUACGGCCUCGGCCAGAAGUAUGGAGAUCAGGUCUGGAGGCAAGGAGUGCUCGGGGUCUUCCAGCCAUGGCGGCAGCACGGUCAAAUUUUCGACCAUCUUCUCAUCCCCGUUCACUUCCCAUGGCAGGACGACAGCACGCCAGACGGAGAGGUGCCCAUGUUCGGACUUCUGCACCUGAAGAAGGGCUCGAAGACUGCCUACUUCCACGUGAUGACGGAGUGGCAGCAGGACAUCUACGACAGACCUGAAUACAACAAGCUGUGGGCAGAGGAUCUUGUGCAGCAGCUGACGUCUGAGCAAGGCGUCGACCAAGACUUGCUUCUCGGCAACGCCGCCAUCAGUAUCACGUUCGUGCCCAACCGAGUUGGCCCGAACUGGCAGCAUUUCGGAUGGAGAGGCCGCGACAUGGCCGAGCUGAGCAAGCUGACUUUUUACUACAUUGUGUACGCCGCCACGCAGUUAGCAAUUCACGGGGUCCAGGACACACGGAUCCCAGAGUUCGGCCUGGAACAAACCUUUGUCGGUCUAGCUCAGGCACUCUUAGGAGUCAGCACCGCUCUAGAGCAUGCGGAUGAGGGGCGUGAAUCUGUCAGAAACGGCAUCAAGUAUCAACUUGACCAGAACGCUUCGCCAGACCUCCAAGCUCAUCGAUCAUGGCUGGACCGAGCGCUUGCUGUGGUGGCCACGGAAUUCGAUGCGGCUCUGUCUAGAGGAGCUCACCAACACAUUCUUCGAGAGGCACCUAGGGAGAUCAAAAUAGGAAAAUCGCGGGUCGAAAUGUCUCGGAUGUACAGAGUGCCUGUGCCCCUGGCAGGAGAGCUGCAGGUGCCCCGCGAGGCUCAGACAAGGGACCCGCCCCGAGCUAAGAGCUCGAGCUCCAUUGCGACAUCGUCGUCAUUUGGCCCGCCAUCCCUCCUCAGCCUUCCAUCUGCAACUAAACCGCGCAGUCGGAGUCCACACAAUCAACAACGAGACGCCAAUCUCGCCGUCGCCUAUAAUGGAGUUCUAGUUACGCUCCCCUACGGUGCUGGAGAGAGGGAAGCUGAGCUGGCUGCGGCAAAAACAACAACACAAUGA